AUGGCGGUACGCUGUCAGUUCGAGAACAGCAACGACAUCGGCGUGUUUUCCACCCUGACCAACUCAUACUGCCUUGUCGCCGUGGGCGGCUCGGAAAACUUCUACUCUGUCUUCGAGGCCGAGUUGGCCGAUCAUAUACCAGUCGUCCACGCCUCCAUCGCCGGCACCCGUAUCAUCGGCCGCAUGUGCAUAGGAAAUAACAAGGGUUUAUUGCUGCCCAACACCACCACCGACCAAGAAAUGCUCCACAUCAAAAAUUCCCUCCCAGACAAGGUCGUCGUCCAGCGCUGCGAGGAGCGCUUGUCCGCCCUGGGGAAUUGUAUUGCAACCAAUGAUUACGUUUCAUUGGUAAAUACAGAUUUGGAUAGUGAGACCGAGGAAAUUAUCGCAGAUGUGUUAGGGACUGAGGUCUUUGGACAUUCCAUUGCAGGGGAGGUGCUCGUCGGAUCGUUUUGUUCCUUCACAAAUCAAGGAGGAUUGGUCCAUCCCAUGACCUCAAUAGAAGAUCAGGACGAACUUUCGAGCCUUUUGCAGGUCCCUCUUGUCGCAGGGACAAUCAAUCGGGGGAGUCAGGUCGUUGGCGCAGGUCUUGUGGCAAACGACUGGGCUGCAUUCUGUGGCCUCGAUACCACAUCUACAGAACUUCAGGUUGUUGAGAGCAUAUUCAAACUACGACAGGCGCAGCCCACGCAUCUCGUCUCAAAAAUUCGAGGAUCGCUUAUCGACAAUCUCUCAUGACCUCCAUCUUCAAUAAUAAAUUCCUUCCCUAUGUUAAACGUUGUUACAGUUACC